AUGCAAGGAAGUCAGGUGCGUGGAAACAGAUACCCACAGGGACGUGCCCAGUCUGGUCCCUCAAAUAACGCCCUGCCUUUUGGAAACUUGACAAAUCACAGUGGGAGUGGAGAUGAUUCCCUGGACGGCCUCCCGAACUGUGCCCCCCGCUGCCCUUUGACCCCGUCUCUGUCACCACGGAAACGGACCACCAGCCAGUCCAAAUCGGAGCCUCCGCUGCUGAGGACGAACAAACGCACCAUCUACACCGCCGGCAGACCCCCGUGGUACAACGUCACCGGGACCACCUUCAAGGAGGCCUUUGUUAUUGGCCUGUGUGGAGGAAGUGCUUCGGGUAAAACCACGGUAGCCAAUAAGAUCAUCGAAGCGCUGGACGUCCCCUGGGUGGUCCUGCUCUCCAUGGACUCUUUCUACAAGGUGUUGAACAAAGAGGAGCAGGAGCUCGCGGCUAAGAACGAGUAUAACUUCGAUCACCCCGACGCGUUCGACUUCGAGCUGCUGGUCACCGUCCUGAGGAAGCUGAAGAAAGGAAAGAGCAUCAAAGUGCCCGUGUACGACUUCACGUCUCACGGCAGGCGCAAAGAAUGGGUAGGAAACUUACUGUUGUACUUUAACACUCCAUUUUAG